AUGAUCCACUCUGAAAAGACUAUCAACCCUCUCCGGGCCAAAUUCUUCCGGGACCUGAAGGAUGAUCUUGGUCCUGAAGCAUUGGAAACCCUGGACCCAGAGGAGUCCAUCUCCCAGAGCCUGCCACCUGAGGCAGGCUCCUCUACAACUAAACUUGAGAGAUAUCCAUGCAUAACUCAGAAACCCACGCCUGCGGCAAUCGCAGGCAGUGUUGGUGUUGCGGCCCUUCAAGUUGGACUUGGAAAUGAGAUACCCCGCUGGAAGACCGGACCGACAAAAACCGUCAACUUCGCCGUUCUUGCUAGUGGAUAUCCAAAGCCGGAACUCGCUUUUCUGGCAGCGAACAAGUUGCAUGAAGCCGCCAAUGAAUGGAAUGAGCUGAAUCUCGGUGUGCAGCUUGAAUGGGUUUACAAAAUCGAAGAUGCCGCAUUCGUCCUCACUUAUGCAAAGGAAGUCAGCCCUGGGACCCUUGCUGAGGCUUUUUUCCCGAAUAAUGUGGAUUUGAACGUGCUGAACGUCUAUCCUGCUGCUUUCGAGGAAGGAACAGUGCAAUACCUGAAAAAUAUCUUCUUGCACGAGCUGGGUCACGUCCUAGGACUCCGUCAUGAGUUUGCCCCAGAGAAGGAAACUGAUGUGAAGUCCGUUCAAAUUGGUCCACGUAACCCAACAUCAGUGAUGGCAUAUGAAUUUCCUCCCCAAAUCCAGCCCUCGGAUAUCGACAGCACCAAAACUUUCUAUCAAUUCACCGGAAAAUAUUUUGGAAAUAUGCAAAAAACUGGUAGGCUGCCUAUUGUGGACUACGAUGCAAAUAACUAG